AUGACCGAAGCAGCCCGCCUCAAAAGCACCAUCUACGUGGGCGGCCUCGACCAAGCCGUCACGGAGCAGACGCUGAUGGAGGCCUUUAUCCCGUUUGGAGAGAUCGUUGACAUCACUCUCCCGAAGCCCGAACUACCUUCGUCGACGGACAACCAUCGGGGUUUCGGAUAUGUCGAAUUCGAACUUCCUCAAGAUGCGAAGGAAGCCAUCGACAACAUGGACCAGAGCGAGCUCUACGGGCGAAUAAUCAAGGUUGCGGCUGCCAAGCCGCAGAAGGAUAGCAACGAAGGGUUGGGAAGCAAGACGGCAAUAUGGGAGCAGGAAGGCUACUUGGCCAAAUACGCUGUUAGCGAAGAGGAUAGAAGAGCUGCUGAGGAAGCUAGAAGGGCGGCGAAUAAUCAACGCGAGGAUCCCAUGCAGGGAUUGGAAGAGUUGGAUGUGGCAGGACCUAAGCCGGAGUAA